ACCUCGCAUUCUGUUUUGUUUUGUUUAUACCGUAUUGUUAUUGACAAAUCUCCCCUUAAUGGAUAUUCUAAAAGCAGAAAUAGCUCGAAAGCGUAAGCUUCUUGAACAGAAGCAGCUGGUAGACGAGAAAAAGAAAUACUUCAGACGUGGCGACCUCAACGCUAAAGACACGGAGGAAGUGCUUCAGAAGGUGGGUUACAAAAAACAGGAGUCUGUGGAAGCGCAAGGACAAACCACCGAAGGAGCAUAUAGUUUCGUGGCCGAUGGGCAGAAUAUUUUGCCACGCGCAGAAGUCAUCCGUCGGUUAAGGGAACGCGGCGAACCCAUCCUCAUCUUUGGCGAAACGGAGCCAGAAGCCUUCGACAGAUUGCGACAGUGCGAGAUCUCACAGCCGGAGGCCAAUCGCGGGUUCCGCAACGACUUCCAGGAGGCCAUGGAACAGGUCGAUGCCGCCUACUUGCAGGAGAUGUUCGCCAACACACCCACAGCCAAAGAAGACAAAAAAUCGGACUUUGCCGAGCUAGACGAAUCAGUUUCGUGGGAGAGCAUACAGACAAUGGCCCAGAAGAUGGGUCGAAAUAAGGAUUACGACAUGGAUGUAAUCAUCACGCUCCUCACCUUCCUGCUCAAGCUGUGGAACGACCAGAUCGCCAAUUACAGCAAGCACGAGAAGAUGUCCACCAAAGUGAAAAUGACGAGGGUUAUUUACACGCAGACCAAGGAGUAUGUGAAGCCGCUGUUUCGCAAGUUGAAGCAUCACACGCUGCCCGAGGACAUCCUGGACAGUCUACGCGACAUUUGCAAGCACCUUCUCAACCGUAAUUACAUCACCGCUAGCGACGCCUACUUGGAAAUGGCCAUCGGCAAUGCUCCGUGGCCCAUUGGUGUCACCAUGGUGGGCAUUCACGCACGUACGGGUCGUGAGAAGAUUUUCUCCAAGAACGUGGCCCAUGUGAUGAACGACGAGACUCAGCGCAAGUAUAUCCAAGGUCUUAAGCGACUGAUGACCAAGUGCCAGGAGUAUUUCCCUACCGAUCCCUCCAAGUGUGUGGAGUACGUCAGCAAAAAAGAUCGCGAAUAAACUCAAGCUUUAUCGUAGUUGUAAUUGUAAUAUGAA